AUGACUAUUACUCUGGAAAGCGUAGCCGUGUUACUGAACCUCCCCAUUGUGGGAAAUUUCCACUAUGAACUAUCCACCGAAGAAAAAUCUACCCUUGACGCUAUACUUCAGAAGGCGGAAUAUUAUGAUCAACAGAAAAAGUAUGAGAAAUGCUUAUACACUUGGUGGUUGUCUCAUUGGUUUCCUACAAAAUCAAGGUCGAGCCAGACACUGGAUGACGAACUCAGCGUGGUCGCAUUUCUGUCUUUGUGGCUGUCCAGGGACAUCUUUGAUGGCGGCUCUGGAAAGAAGAAUAUAAAACACGAUCUCGUCAUGUUUGCCAUAAAGUUAGCGAAAGGCGUGGUUCUCCCCUUAGGUAGUUUGUUCCUUGGAUCAUUGUACUCUUAUUUGGAUGCUCUGGCAGUAGACAUGCGCGCCUCCAACGGGUGCAAGAAAGUGGAGUCGCAUAUUCACAUAGCUUUCCUCCAAGCAUGUUUAUGGGAACAUUUCAAAGAUUAUGCUCCCGUCUCUGCAACUUCGUUUUCCAGCUUGUAUGGUGGUUCGAGAAUACUCCGUUGGCAAAACAAACGACAAAAACCGGGGGUAAGGAUCGUCGAUUUUCUCGAUAAUGUAUAUUCCAUAUAUUUCCAUCCAUGGGGAGUGGCUCAUUCUUCCGUGGUUCAACCGAAGACCUUCACCACUGCUCCCGAAAUUGUGCUGCACACUGAUGGGAAAGAUCUGAAUUCUGGGGAGAUUAUAUUUCUGCGAAGUUGCAUUCCGGGAUACGUUCCAUCUUACUUUGAUGAAUUCCUUAUUGUGGUUCCUUAUAAUAUUGAUAGAGCCGCCCGCCAGAUGGGAUUUGAUCAAGGCAUCCCGUUCAACCGCCCACGGAUGCCUUCAAAGGAGAUUGUGUCGUCUGUUCUCAAUGCUAGCCUAUUUGCGACGAAGCAAAGCCUUUGA